AUGGGUCUCGCUUUGAAGAAGCCCGACGAUGUCGCAGGCGCCGCAUGGCCCGCCAUCAUGAUCGGCCUCUUCGUGGCCUUCGGAGGUGUGCUCUUCGGCUACGACACAGGCACAAUCGGAGGCAUCCUGGGCAUGGAAUACUGGCAAACACAAUUCGCCACAAACGGCCGCGACUCGAUCACCCCAGCCGAAGAGUCCCUCAUCGUGUCCAUCCUGUCUGCCGGCACCUUCUUCGGCGCUCUGCUCGCCGCGCCUGUGGCAGACAACCUUGGCAGAAAAAUGGGGCUGAUACUGUCUUGCGGUAUCGUCUUCAAUUUGGGGGUUAUUCUGCAGACAGCUUCGACUGCGCAGCCCAUGUUUAUCGCUGGUCGCUUCUUCGCGGGUCUGGGUGUAGGUCUCGUCUCUGCUAUGAUCCCGCUUUAUCAGAGCGAGACUGCGCCUAAGUGGAUCCGCGGUACUAUUGUAGGAUCAUAUCAGCUGGCCAUCACCAUCGGUCUCUUCCUCGCAGCAUGCGUGAACUACGGUACCCAGAAUCGCCUCGACAGUGGCUCUUACCGCAUCCCCGUUGCCGUGCAGUUCGCGUGGUCCCUGAUUAUCGUCUUCGGCAUGCUUGUGCUCCCGGAAACUCCCAGAUUCCUAAUAAAGCAAGACAAGCACGAGAAAGCUGCCAAGGCGCUUUCCACACUUCGCCGCCUCGAUGUUGACCACCCCUCUCUCGUUGAAGAGUUGUCCGAGAUCACCGCCAACCAUAGGUAUGAGGCUAGCCUGUCUAAGGCAUCGUACCUGGACUGCUUCAAGGGUACAGUUGGGAAACGACUUUUGACUGGAUGCUUGCUGCAAGGACUUCAGCAGCUGACUGGUGUGAACUUCAUCUUUUACUACGGUACCGCCUACUUUCAGCGAGCCGGCUUCAACAACCCUUUCAUCAUCUCUGUAAUCACGAACUCCGUCAACGUCAUCUCUACAUUCCCUGGUCUCUACCUUGUCGAAAAGAUGGGUCGCCGGAAUCUCCUCCUCAUGGGUGCCAUCGGUAUGGCUAUCUGCCAGUUCAUCGUCGCCAUCACGGGUACUGUAGCAGGCACCACCGACCUCGCGGCUCAACGGGUCGCUAUCGCAUUCGUCUGCAUCUAUAUCUUCUUCUUCGCCAGUUCAUGGGGUCCUGUUGCUUGGGUGGUCACGGGAGAGCUCUUCCCGCUCAAAGUUCGAGCAAAAUGUCUGUCUAUGACCACCGCCACCAACUGGUUGUUGAACUUCGCAAUCGCCUACGCAACACCAUAUAUGGUCAACGACGGCGGUGCAGGCUACGCAAAUCUCGGCUCGCGAGUUUUCUUCGUCUGGGGCUCGUUCUGCUUCAUCUGUAUCUUCUUCGUGUGGAUGCUCAUCUACGAGACCAAAGGUUUGGCUCUCGAGCAAGUCGACGAACUUUACGCCGUGAUCAGCCAGGCAUGGAAGAGCAAGACUUUCACGCCUACUAUCAGCUUCACCGAGGUUGGUGAGAAGGGUGAGGAUGGUAGGUCGAUGAGCAUUACCGAUGUUGUGGAUAGGAAGGCUAGCACUGGUCAUGUGGAUCAGUCUUACGAUGGAGGGCGUGCGAUGUAA